AUGGACCUGGACAGCGCACCCAUUCCGUUUCAAGGCGACUUCUUUGGCGAUCACACCCUGACGCAAGUUGAAGACCAUGUCAAUGGUACGUGCUGCGUCUCUCCAAUCGUUUUCUUGUGCCAUCUUCAUCUCCGCUCCUCAGACACGACCACGCCGCCCGGUCAAUCUCUGUCUGGUCCUGUCGAUUUCUCAAGAUCAGCCCGCGAACAGGCUGAGAAGAGCGUAUCCCAGCGCCGCACCUAUGUUGUCCCGUAUCCAGUACCGUCGGCUGGUGCUCCAAUCGCCGGAGUGCGCGCGAAUAGAUGGGACAGCGGUUACCGCUCAUACCAACACCGGAUUUCCGACGGCUCUCCCAGCAUCAAUCCCUAUGCGCCGUUCGCGUCGCGACUUGACUGGGAAAUUGCGCUCUGGGCCAAGACACGAGGUACAGGCUCGACCGCGUUCUCGGACCUGCUCGCGAUUGAGGACGUCGCGGAGAAACUGUCCCUCUCGUUUAAGAACUCUGGCGAGCUCAACCGAAUCAUCGACUCCAAGAUGCCACCAGGGCCACCUCCGUUUCAGCGUCACGAGGUCUCGAUCGCCGGCGAGACAUUUGAGAUGUUCUUUCGCGAUGUUCUCGAGUGUAUCAAGGCACUUUUCGGUGAUCCGGAGUUCGCCCCACUCCUUCUCCUCACUCCAGAACGUCACUACUCUGAUGAGGCACACACGGACCGCGUUUACUUCGACAUGAACACAGGGAAGUGGUGGUGGGCUCAGCAGAAACGUCUUGAGAAACAGGCUCCUGGAGCGACCGUGAUCCCUGUGAUCAUCAGCUCCGACAAGACGCAGCUGACACAGUUCGGAAGCAAGGUCGCCUACCCGGUCUACCUCACGAUCGGCAACCUGCCGAAGCAUAUCCGUUGCAAGCCGUCUCGACAAGGCCAGAUUCUUCUCGCCUACCUCCCAGCCACUCGCAUGCAGCAUGUCUCGAACAAGGCAUCACGUCGACGCGUCCUCGCCAACCUCUUUCACGCGUGCUUAUCGCAUGCACUCGCCCCACUCCGCGCCGCGGGCGCAGAUGGUAUUCCGAUCAUGAGUGGUGACGGUGUCACUCGACGUGGGCAUCCGUUGCUCGCGUGCUACGUCGGCGACUACCCCGAACAAGUCCUAGUCACGGGCUGCAAGACAGGAGAAUGUCCGAAGUGUCCCAUUCCCGCCAGUACCCUCGGAGACGAACACAUACCUAGUCCACCACUCCGAAACCUCCCUCACGUCCUUGACGCUCUGGCGACGAUCGAGCAGGAUCCACGCGGGUACAGUAAGGCUUGCUCCGACGCGGGUAUCAAGCCUCUCUAUCACCCGUUCUGGGAGUCGCUUCCGCACGCGAACAUCUACAUGUCCAUCACCCCCGACGUGCUCCACCAACUCCAUCAAGGGGUACUGAAGCAUCUCAUUGCGUGGCUCAAGGACGCCUUCAGCACUGAAGAGCUCGAUGCACGCUGUCAGCGCCUCCCACCCAACCACAACGCGCGCCACUUCGGCAAGGGGAUAUCGUGUCUAUCCCGCGUCACUGGUCAAGAACACGCCCAUCUAUGUCGUAUUCUCCUUGGACUUGUUAUUCAUUUACGUCUCCCUGGUGGCCGUUCACCUAUUCAGCUUCUCCGCGCAACUCGAGCCCUCCUCGACUUCCUCUAUCUCGCUCAGUACCCCACGCACACAUCCACCACUCUCCGUCUCCUCGACGGCGCGAUCAAGCGAUUCCAUGACAAUAAGCAGGCCUUUGUUGAUCUGGGUAUUCAAGUUCAUUUCCACCUGCCGAAACUCCACUCCGCAGAUCACUACUCGGUCUCGAUAGAACUCUUCGGGACGACCGACAAUUACGACACGCAGUUCACUGAGCGCCUUCAUAUCGUCUUGACCAAAGAUGGAUGGCGCGCGUCGAACCAUAAGGACGAGCUUCCGCAGAUGACGCGAUGGGUCGAGCGGAAGGAGAAGAUGCUUCGCCAUAGCAACUAUGUAAACUGGCGUUUACAAGCUGGCGGCGUCACCGAUACUACUGGUACGCUCGUCGCUGACUCGCCUCCAGCACGCAUUCAAAUGACGCGACACCCAUCCGCCGUUGUUCGCCUUGGUGAUAUCGUCACGCAGUACGGUGCCAAGUACUUCCGCGACACCCUCAGUCGAUACAUCGUCUCCGUCACACAUCCUCACCUUCAGAGCGCACGUAUGGCCGAUCUAGGAGCCAGUCGGAUCUACCUCAACUUCGCCAAAGUGCCUGUUUUCCACAAGAUUAAGUUUGCACUGCCAGAUCCGCACGACGUUGGCGACCCUAAUGCCCUUAGCCAGGACGCCGUUCAUAUUUGCCCUGUGCGCGAGAACAAGAAGGGCCGUAUACUCCGGUCUCGAUUUGAUACUGUUCUCGUCCGCUCGUCCCUGGAGCCAGGAUAUCGUGCUCGUGGCAUGAGCGAUUUAAGGGUUGCUCAGGUUCGCGUUGUCUUCUCACUUCCACCACACUCCCUGCCGCAUCUCUUUCCCGGCAUACUGCCCUCGACCAUUCCUCUCCAUCUGGCGUAUGUAGAGUGGUUCUCCUGUUCGAGUGCCCCCGAUCCCGACCACGGCCUGUUCAAAGUUGUCCGCUCUCGCGAUCCCCACGGCGCUCGUAUUGCAUCAGUGAUACCUGUUGAGCAAAUCGAACGUAGCUGUCAGCUGUUCCCAGAUUUCGGCCACACGGUCAAUCGAGAAUGGACUAGCGACAAUGUACUCGAAUUAUGCUCUACCUUCUACUUGAACACGUUUUUGGACAAGCAUACGUACAAAGUCGUUUACUGA